GAAUUUAGGAAGCGUUUUCUUUUGUUGGUGAAGAAAAAUGACUGUUUACCUUGUCAUUGCUGCAGCGACGUUUGCUUUGUUUGAUGUUGCAUAUUACACGAGAGUUUUAAUUUCAAUUAUUCUGUACACAUGGAAGGGAAAAUUUAAGCGAAUGCCAAUUUUGGAUGAAAGCGUAAUAAAUGGAGUGUGUUGGACAAGUGAUCUAGAUGCAAAUUGGCACAUGAACAAUUCACGCUAUCUCCGUGAAUGCGAUUUUGCCAGGCUGAAAUUUUUCCUGGAAAAGGGCAUUUUUAGCGGCCUUUGGAAAAGCAAUGCUUCAAUCAUUAAUGGUGGAAGUACCAUAAGAUACAGAAAAUCUCUAAACUUCAUGGACUUUUUCUUCAUAAAAUCAAAAAUACUCCACUGGGAUUCAAAAGCAUUUUACCUAGAGCAUCAAAUCAUAGAAACAAAAACUAACUUUGUGUCAGCCAUUGCACUUGUCAAAAUGGUUGUGAAAGGAGCCAGUCCAGACACAGUCCUGAAUAAAAUGGACGUCAAUUUAACUUCACCAGCACCUCCACCUGAGUUACAACGACUUAUAGAACUUAAUCAGAUAUCUAGUGGAAAACUAAGAAAAGCUUUGUAAAAUGUAGUUUAUCAAUUUAAUCUUGAGCAAUGUACCAGUAAACUGUGAUACAUGUAUAUAGAAAUUAAUCAGGUCUCAAAUGGAAACUCAGGGAAACGAUGUACAUGUUAUUUGAAGAUAAGGUAAUUUUAGAACUUUUAAAAUGCCAAAAGCAGUAUUAAUGU